AGAUUGAAAUAAUAAAAUAACAUGAAUCGAUAUUUCAUGAAUCAAACAUUAUUCGAAGAUAAAUAUAAAUUCUUGUAAACAUGCAAUAGAUUGACGAAUAAUCGAAGAUUUAUGAGACUGUGAUUAUUCUCGUAAAAUGAAGACCAUGAUAUCGUCCUAAGAUAUGUUAAUUUCAAUUUUGAAUUUCACAAAGCGCUCGUGAAGAAGAAAGAUUACGUGUGACUGAAAGUGUGAUUCGAGAAAUAUCUCACGCUAUACAUAUAUGUAAUAUUAUAUCCGUGAAAUUCUCGAAACCUACAAUAAUCCGAUAACAGCGUUAUCGAUGUAAUAUGUACGUUGCUUUAUUUUAUCAUUAAAGUAUUGUUGAGACACAUGAUAAAUCAAAGUAACAUUCACGUGUCUUUUAUACGCUUUUAUACAUCGGAUUUUAAACGUAACGAAACGAGUAAAAUUGCUGCUAAGAUAAAGCGCAACUGUAAUAAUUAUUAUACUAAAACUGUCAGAGAGAACUGCUCCCAGUUGUCAAGAAUUUUGACGAAGGAUAAGCUCGGGAUCGAAAAUUUACAUUUCAAUCCUGUAAUAUCUUGGUAUUAGACGGUAAAAUGCUUAUACCGAAUGAUAUACAGCGAUAUGGAAUUAAAUUAUUAGCAACAUCUGCAGUAAUUUAAAGAGAGCAAUCUCUCUGUGCUCCGAUGCUAUUUAUCUAAUUUUUAAUAUCGAGAAUUUGGAAACAUUUGCAAAGUAAUCGAUUGUUAAGAUUAAUAAGAGCACUAAAAAAAAUAUUGUCAAAUUAGAGCGCUAAUUAGACGAUCGGUAGUUGGAGAACUUGCAAGAACUUCAAACUUCCUAGCAGUUUGGUCUGGAAAAAGUGGAGGGUGCGGCUGAGAUUCUUCCGGAUCGGGACCAUAGUCGCGAGACAGAAACGCAACGGACCGUUGCCAGUUUAUCAAUGAGAUGACCAGCUGUGCCCAUCCUGUGUGCAUCGCGCGACAAUUAUAUCGUCACGGGCCGCCGUGACUAUCCGUGCUCGUUCGUCCACGAGUUCGAGCACUUUUUACGGCAGAGCCCCACUACCUAUUCUCACAAAACACCACCGCUUGCCGCGCACUUUGUCGCUUUUAGUCGCUCGUUAACCGCGCUCGCGCUAUCGCGGGGUCCGACCGGCAGUACACUCUUCUCACCGUCCUCGCGCGAAGGGGACUCCGUUUAUGCGAAAGCCUAAAUUACGCCCAAGCGAAUUGCGAGAUGCGCCGACCUGUUCGCGAUCACGACCUGUUUGCGCGAGUUCGAGGCGAAUAAUUAUGAGCACGUCGUCGUCGUCGUCGUCGUCGGUUCCUCGUCGGUUUGCGAAUACGUGAAAAAAAAAAAAAAAAGAAACGUCAGUGGAAAAGUUUGUUCCCGUGCUGGAUAAGUGCGUCGAUGCCGACCCUGAGUGGCAAGCGCUAACGAGAUGGACAAAGCUCCGCAUUUUCUACGUAGAACGUAGAACGUAUAGAACCAAUCUGGAAAUCAUGCAUCGGAAGAAGAGAUGAUCUGGUAAAAGCGGGCCAAGGUGUCAAAGACGUCAAUCGUCGCAACGCAUUAGCAUCGCCGUCCAACGCAUCAUCGUUCUCCCCGUCGAGACGGUCAGCUCCCGUCACGAGACUCAUCCGCUAACGAUCGCCGUUAACAUGGCGAACGCGUGAUCCGUCGCAGUAUACGUCCAGCGAUCGCGUACGGCUUCGCUUUUCCUCGCGAUCAAUCGGGCACCGAUUGCUAUCGACCGAAUCGACAGGUGUGUCGCGGUCGAUGAAUCGGUUUUGAUCGUGUUCGAGUACAAAUCGUGCCACUUAUCCUCGUCGUCGCCUGAACGAUCGAUCGAGCCUUGUCGUUUGAGAAAAAUCCCCGCGAGAAGACUCCGAGGAACUUUGGACUUUGUUACCUUUUUGAAAUCUGCUCGAUCGCGAAUCGAUCGGCAUUCGAGAGAUUCUUAAGGAGAAAAGAUCGGUUAGAGAAAUGGAAAUCGAUAUGAGUGCCAGAACGAAUAAACCCACUGAGGAAUUGGCGAAGAGACGGGUGUCGAUUAGCGAUCAAGUUUUGGGAAUUGAUAAUCCCGCCUUCGAGCAUCAUCGGCGCAUCAGCGCGAGUUCGGAGCACAAUUCCGAUCAGGGUAGACGGAAAUCGAUCCUGCAUCACGGCAGCAGCCACUGUGACGAGAAUAUCCCGGAGAAUAUUCCGCAAUACAAGUUCGAUCUGGAGAACGGCAGGAUCAACGGUAAUAGAAAGAAAUCGGCGUAUAGUCUGUCCAGCUCGAUCAGAGACAAGAUCGAGUAUUCCGAGGAGCUCAAGAGGUCGUGGCUGUAUCUAUUUUGCGCGCGAUGUCACGGUCGCGACGACACACCAUCGUGGGAGCCACCGGGCUGGAAAAAAGCAUGCCCGCAGCCGUUCUGUCCAACGUACAGAAAAUUCGCACGAGUGCUAUGCCUCUUCCUCUUGGGUUUACUUCUUUGGGGUGUCGUCUACUCGGUAAUCGGCAAUGACGCGGCCCCGGGUGGUCAGCUGUUUGGAUUGGCCGCCCUGUGCAUCGCCGCGCAUUUCGGAGGCUGGCUGAUAUCUUUGACCACUCUUCCGGCCUUAAUCGGUAUGCUAAUCACCGGGUUGAUACUGCAAAAUGUCGGACUUGUCAAGAUCGAAGGGCAGUACAGCGUGGUGGUCGCCAAUCUACGAAAAAUCGCCCUGGUUAUCAUACUUACGAGAGCGGGCUUGGAUCUCGAUCCAACCGCUCUGAGAAAGUUAAGAGUCACGGUGCCGAAGAUGGGCUUGAUACCUUGGCUGGUGGAAGCGACGGUGGUAGCAGUGUUGACGAGAUUCCUCUUGAAUUUACCCUGGGUAUGGGGUUUCCUCCUCGGAAGCAUCAUUGCGGCCGUCUCGCCGGCCGUUGUGGUACCUUGUCUGUUCAGAUUACGUGCCAAGGGUUAUGGAGUCGCCAAGGGUAUUCCGACGUUGAUUAUUGCGGUUUCCGGGAUCGAUGAUGCGGCAUCAGUCGCGGUUUUCGGUAUUGUGAAGAGCAUCAUGUUUUCCCACGACGCACUAUGGUACCAGAUCCUUCAGGGGCCCAUCGCUAUUAUCGGCGGUCUGGGAUUCGGUAUCAUGUGGGGUUGGCUGGCCAAAUACGUGCCAGAAAAAGGGGACCCGUUCUUGGUGCCUCUUAGAGUGCUGAUGUUACUCGGAGGUGGCUUGUUGGCGGUUUUCGGCAGCGAGGCAAUCGAGCUUGGCGGUGCCGGGCCACUUGCGGUCGUGGCUGCAGCUUUCGUCAGCUGCUACUUUUGGCAACAAGAAGGCUGGGAAGUGGACGACAAUCCAGUGGCCACAUCUUUCGAGAUCUUCUGGAUGAUAUUCGAGCCGAUCCUAUUCGGCGUUACUGGGGCACAGAUCAAGAUCAGUGAACUGGAAGGGAAGACCGUCUAUCUCGGACUAGGCUGUUUGCUCUCCGGUAUCGUCAUUCGGAUCGGAGCAACGGUGUUGUGCGGAAUCGGUUCCAAGCUCAAUCUCAAGGAAAAAGUGUUUAUCGCCCUGUCGUGGAUGGCCAAGGCGACCGUGCAGGCGGCCCUGGGUCCCGUCACCCUCGAUGAGGUCGACAGGGAUAACCCGCACGAGGUCGAAUACGCCGAGAUGGUACUGAUGCUGUGCGUGCUCUCGGUACUCUUGACCGCACCGGCGGGUGCCAUCAUCAUCUCGCUCUCGGGGCCGAAGCUUCUGACAAAGACUUCCGCGCCGGUUGCUCUGCCGGAAGCUUGGAAAUCGCGCAGGCCAUCGAUCCGCGAUAUUUCGAUCAUCAACGAGGACCCGGACCUCGAGGAGACGGCAAACGAGAGGAAACCCUGACGAUCUCGCGUUUCAGUCGCAUUUCAAGUUUACCUACUGAGAGUCCGUCUUUGUUUCUCUCGGCAUUCCCAAAAGUGCCUGAAAGUGCCUUUACUUUGGUUGUUCAAGGUAUUACUUAACGAUCGUAAGUUAUAUUUAUAUAUACGAUCAUUGGCGAGAAAAUGAUUAAUUAUAAUGAUAUCGCAGUGAUGUAAAGUUGGAAUUACCUUGAGUUAUUUACAUAAAUGAUUUUUAAUGGAUUUUUAAUUUUAUUCAUUUUGACUAGAGCAUCGAUAUAUUAUUGCUAAAUCAAUGAUUACUCUAGUGUAAAGUGCAAUCAUUCUUUGUAGAAAAUGAGAAAACAAUCGUGGAAAAUCUUGUAUAUUUAUAUAUCAAGCUACAAGGGAAGGACUUAUUUAAAGAUUUUAUGUGGUUCUCAGGAUUUUUCAGAAUUCGCAUAUAAACCCAUAAACUUCAUUUUAGAAACUAUUAUAAAUAUUAGAAAUGUAUAUAUAUUUGUAAUAAUGUUUAUAUAUUAUUUUUUUUCUUGUCCACUAUAAUUUACGCACGAAAUAUAUAUGCAAGACGUUACAAACGUUUUCUAUGUGUGUACAUAUUUUUAUAUGUAUAUACAUAUGUUAUUUCAAGGAUUUGUAUUGUGAUUGCUAUCGAUUGAUACCGAUUUUGCUAUGCAUUUAUACAAAAAGAGAAGAGACUGUGUUGCGAGAUGUGUUAUCUCCACAUGGUACUGGCAAUUUUAACACCAAUAAUAACAAGUAAUAUAACACGUAAUAAUAAUGGUAAUUUUAUGGAUUCACUCGUUAUUCAACGCGAAUUUUUAUAAAACGAGCUAUCGUUUGUUCCUGCGAAAGAAAAUCAUUCGUUAAAGAUUGUGACGCGUAAAGAUAUUUUUGUAACAAGUUACAACAGCGUAUGCAAAAAUACGCAAUCAAUUAUGCGUUGGCAUGUAUUACUCGUUAGUAAUAAGCGUAUAUUGAUUUUGAAAGCUGGAUGAGUGAUUAAUGACUAAGUGGCGGUCGCGUUAUAAUAGACUUUAAGCGAUUUUAAGCGAAGUUUACGUUUAUAGCAGAGAGAAAUUAAUUAUACGGAAUCCGUCAUAAAAUCUUGUUAUAAAAUUAGAGCCGUAAUAGCUGUUUUAGUUUUUUUCUUCAAGAACUUUUUAUUGAUAGAAGAAAGGUUGGAUAAGAUGGGUUUAAGUUUCGAAGUAGCAUAAAAAUUUGCUCUCGCAUUACUGAGGCGGUUUUGGUAUUAAAGUGGAAGUAUAAAAACCGAAUGUAUCCUAGCGCAAACAGAUUGUUUUGCAAAAACCUAUACUCUUAUUGUUAAACUCUAUUUGAAUAUAUAUUAAAAAUAAAAGCAAUUUUCUUUGCUAUCUGUGAA